CUGCCGCGCCCGCGCAGCUUCACUCUCGCAACGCACGCUGCGGCUCCUCACGCUCGGGGGCAAGAUCUCCUCGCUGGGAUUCAGAUUCUGCCGCGCGGCCUGCGCUUCGUGUUUCCACAGAUCAACUCUAUUUUUCCUGGACUAAUCAUGGAACAAGCUGGACUGUUCUUUCUCUGUUUUGCCUUCUUGCUCCUCCUUAGUUGUGGUGAAUCUUCGGAAGAGAAAGGUAAUGGUGCAAGUGCAUAUGCUGUGCACUGGGACCCUGAUCAUACAUAUUCUGAACAAAACGGUUUUGAUGUGAGUGCAUAUGCUGUGCACUGGGAUCCCGAUUAUCCACAUUCCGAACAAAACGGUUUUGGUGCGAGUGCAUAUGCUGUGCACUGGGACCCCGAUCAUCCACAUUCUGAACAAAACGGUUUUGGUGUGGGUGCAUAUGUUGUGCACUGGGACCCCGAUCAUCGACAUUCCGCUUCUGCUGUUCCUGAAGCAGUGGCAAAACAUCAUCAGAUAAAAGUUCAAACUGGCAUGUUGUUCCUGAAGAAGAAUCUGCAUGUUGGCACUGUACUUCCGGAAGGAACCAAGUUUGCCCGAGCCGGUGCACCAAAGCCUGUCGAUUUCAUCUCAACUCUGUUGGAGUCGAAGAACUUGCCAAGCAUUCUUGCGCGGUUCAAGAUACCUCACGGCUCGAUGAAGGCGAAGCAGGUAGCUGACACCCUUGAGUCAUGCGGCAAACUGGUUGAAAUGGAGGAGCCUCACAUGUGCUUCACAUCUCAUGAAGCAAUGACAAGGUUUUCCACCAAAGCAUUAGGACUGAGCGGCGCACGCUCAGCCAUUACAAGGAUUCAUGGGCAUGAGACCCCCAACUCCAUGUACACUAUUGCACAGAUCGCCCAACUGAGCAACAAUGUGGUGCCAUGCCACCCUAUGGAUUUUCCAUAUGAGGUUUUCUACUGCCAUCGGCCGAAAGAGGUGCAGGCUUUGAGGGUGCAACUCAAGGGCUUGAAAGAUGGAAUGCCGCGCGUGACGGCAACAGCCAUGUACCACAUGAACACAUCUGAUUGGGACGAGCAGUACUUUGAGCUUUUGGGCGGAGAGCGUGGCGAAAGCAUUUGCCACUACAUGCCAACAAACUACAUCAUGUUCUAUUAGCUGUGGAAGGACAGCAAGGUGGCAUGAGUGGUGCUAAAGAAGAUUAAAGACGUCUAGUUUCGUCAGCAGAAGCAGCCAGCCUUGAUGCUUUCGAUGGAAACGGCCCUCAGCAUUAUGCUUUACCCUAGUUAUCUUGCUCCUUUGUUACGAGCUGGUAUGUAAUAAGCACUUAUCACUUGCUCGAGUUGUUAGGUAAAACCCUGUUUGUGAUGUACUACGACCUUGUGGGCUUUAUUAAUUUAUGCGAUUGUGAUAUUUGGCACAUGUGUGCCAUAUAAGCAAA